CGGAAGGAGAAUUGGAAAUUGUUUUGAAUAUAAUUAUUGUUUUGUAGUGAAGAUAGACAACCAGUGGCCGAACUCGGUCGGCUACCCAAUUGUUCGACUGAAAAUGCCAAAAUUACAGUAUUUUCGUGUGUUUGUAAACGAGCGCUUAACGGCGGCUGCUGUAGAGAUAUUUGGGGCAGUUGAGAAAACAGUACGCGAGUACCACGAGGAGAAUGAACGUUUACGGAGACUGCUCCAGAUUACACCGGAGAUAAGAAUAAUAGACUCACUGCAGGUUUCUCUAAUGAAGAGCAGCUGCCCAGAGGAGAAGCAACACUGUGAGCAGGAGUUGAGCCCCAGUUUGGAGCAGGAGGACCCAGAGACCACAUGGAUUAAAGAGGAGCAGGAGGCGCUCAAGAGCAGUCAGACAGGCGAGCCACUUCAAGGAAUCUUUGGUACAGAAGACUCCAUAUUUACUCCCUGUGUGAAAAGUGAAUGUGAUCUGGAAGACCCAAAUUGGUCCUUGUCUCUCCCCCAAACCCAGACUGUCGGGAACAGAGAGAGUGACUGUAGGCCAGUGGAUCUCAAACCUUUUGACACUGUAACCCACCUAGAGGGUCUUGACAUUUCCUGUGACACUCCUGAUAGUCAAUAUAAUGUGUCCAGCCACAGCUCAGCCUUAAACAGUGACCCAGCAGGACUUGACAGCAGCCCACCAUUGGAUCCCAGCACCACGCCUAGAAAAACACCCUGCUGCCCUGACAGGGGUAAAGAAUUGGCCCUUAAAGCUGACCCAAAGAGACAUGUGAAUCAUGUCAAGGGACACAGUGAAUGUGAAAAACACUGCAACUCCACCAGGAAACUGAAGGCCCAUGUCCAAACUUGUCACACAGAGAAAUCCUACACCUGCCCUCUUUGUGGAAAGAUCGUCAAACGCAAAAUAAAUUUGACACAACACAUGAGGAUUCACACAGGAGAGAAAUCAUUUAGCUGUGGCGAGUGUGGGAAAAGCUUCAGUCAGAGGCAAAAUUUAUCCAUGCACAAAUUGACUCACACAGUAAAUAAACCUUUUAGCUGUGCUGAAUGUGGGAAAAGCUUCCGUACGAACAGUCAUCUGACCAGACACAAUCUCACUCACACAGGAGAGAAACCUUUCAGUUGUUGUGAUUGUGGGAAAAGAUUCAGUCUCAAACAAAACCUAUCCAUACACAAAUUGACUCACACAGGAGAAAAACCAUUUAGCUGUGGUGAGUGUGGGAAAAGUUUCAGUCAGAAGGGGAAUCUAACCGCACAUAAACGGACUCACACUGGGGAAAAGCCAUUCAUCUGUGGUGAGUGUGGGAAAGGUUUCAUGAAAAAGAGGUACCUAACCACUCAUGAACUUACUCACACUGGAGUCACACAGAUCUCAAAUCCUUUGACACUGUAACCCACUUGAAGGGUCUUGUGACCCCCCCAGAUAAUCAACACACUGUGUCCAGACACAGCUCAGCCUUACACAGUGACCUAGUAGCAUUUGACAGCAGCCCACCAGUGGAUUCCAGCACCACACCUAGAAAAACACACCGCCGCCCCUGAAUUUGGUGAAAGAUUUUCCCUCAUUCAUGAAACCUUCUCAGAAAAUAUCUCAGAUUCAAACGCGGGAGGAAACUUACGAUCAACUGCAAGUUGUUUUUCACAGAACUGUUGUACUUCUUUGAAAUGAGCAUAGAUGUCAACGCAGAUUGAUAAGUGGGAUUAAACUGUAGAAACAAGAA